AUGUCAAGCAGGAAGGUUCCCCGUCUAGCCGCGCCACCGACAACUCCGCAGGCCCUAGCUGGUGUGUACCAAGACGACAAGCCGUCGGAGCAUCGGAUUGCCCGGACCGUCGGGGACAAACUUUUCGGCGGAGCGAUGUCAAACACAAAGGUUCUCCAUCGCGCCCCACCGCCGCCGACUCCAUACGCCCAGGUCGCCGUGUACCAAGACGUCGAGCCAUUGAAGCAUCGGGCCGAAGGGGCGCCGGCCGCACCAACCAACGGCAGUUUGGUCCUCAAGACGCACUGUGAGUUCCCGACCCUCAGGAGGGGCGCGUCCCGGGACAAGUUCACGGUGCUCGUGCACGCAAGGGCGCCAGCCGACGUGCCGCACGCACCGCUCGACCUCGUUACCGUGCUAGACGUCAGCGGCAUCAUGGAGGGUCAGAAGCUGGCGCUGCUGAAGCAGGCCAUGGGAUUCGUCAUCGACCAACUCGGCCCCGACGACCGCCUGUCUAUGGUGUCCUUCUUCGGGGAGGCGACCCGCCUGAUCCCUCUCACGCGUAUGACGGUCGUGGGGAAGGGCUCGGCCAAGCUCGCGGUUGAGGGCAUUGUCGUCCGAUGGACGGGCACCAACCUCGACGAGGGCCUCCGUAUGGGUGCCCAGGUUCUCGCCGGAUGCCGGCACAAGAGCGUCGUCGCCAGUAUGAUCCUUCUCUCCGACGGUGUGUAUGCGGACACGUUCAUCCCGCUAGGCAUCAUAAAGAAUGGCGGUGCCAAGGACUACAUGACGCUCGUGUCGCCGUUGUUCAUGCACGUCGGCACCCGGCCUGGGCCGAUCCACACGUUUGGUCUCGGCACCUACAUCGACGCCGUGGUGAUGCACAGCAUCGCGAAGGCCACCGGCGGAACCUUCUCCUUCAUUGAGAAUCAGGCAGGGAUCAAGGAGUCGUUCGCGCAGUGCAUCGGCGGGCUCCUCUCGGUCGCCGUGCAGGAGGCGCGCAUCUCCGUGACGUGCCUGCACCGUGGCGUGCGCGUCCUGGAGUUAAAGUCCGGCUCCUACAUCAACCACAUGGGUACCGAUGGACGUGCCGCCUCCAUCGACGUUGGCGAGCUCUACGGUGGGGAGGACAGGCGCUUCUUGGUGCUCAUGCACGUUCCGAGAGUCAGACCCACGGAGUCGGUUACCCGCCUUGUCAAGGUGAGCUGCACCUACAAGGACGCCGCGACAGCGCAGGUGGCCCACGUCGCCGCACCGGCGGCGGUGAUCAAGCGGCUGUUGGAGCUAGAGCUGGCCGAAAUCCCCGCUCCAUCCAUUGAGGUGGAGCGGGAAUGCGUCCGGCUUGCCGCGACACAAGACAUGGCGGCCGCACAGGUAGCCGCUGAGGGGGCAGAGUACGCCUGCGCUGUUCGGAUCCUGGAUUCUCAGCUGAAGACCGUGGAGAAGUCUGCACCAGGGGCGGCUGGUGAUCCGACGUGCGAGGUGCUGAAGGAGGAGCUGCGUGACCUGACCGCCCGCGUGCGCGGCCCGCUGGAGUACCUGCGGACGGGGCGCGCGUGCCUGCUGGCCGGCAUGAGCUCGCACGCGCAGCAGCGGGCCUCGGCGUCCACCAACAGCAAGGCUCGGGCGUACCUGACUCCCAAGAUGGAGGAGAUGGUGAAGGUGUCGCGUGAGCAAAGCAGGAAGCGUGGCAGCAGCUAG